GGAUCUGACAGCCAUGGAACGGCUUGCGAGCGUUCGCGCGCUUCUGCAGGAGUGGGAACGCGCUUUCGCACGGCUGCACGGGAGACGGCCAGCGCAGGAGGACGUGGAGGCGGCCCCCGAGGAGACCCGCGCGCUCUACCGUGAGUACCGUAACCUAAAGCAUGCAGUGCGCCAGGCUGGCGACGGACACCGCAGCCAAGAGCAGUCUCUCGCCGAGGCAGCUGAGGAGGCACAGAAGCCAAGCUGCUGGGGACCCCACUUGAAUCGAGCUGCAACCCAGAAUACACAGCCUGUCCCCAGGCAGGGCCCAUUGAGUUCAGUACAAGACUAUGGGGAAAGGCUCAAAGCCAAUCUGAAAAACGCAAAGCUACAGACUAGGCCAACCCUGAGCCGAAAACUCCAGCCUCAGAAGAGAUCUUUGUCCACGGCGACCACCCCAAGGCCACCAGGCCCAAGGACCUGUCCAGAUGAAACCAAUGAUAUACUUCCCCGACUUCCUGAGCCCCAGCCAAGGCUAGGCCAGCUCCAACAGCUUCAGGCAUCCCUGAGCCUUCGGCUGAGUUCACUAGACCCUGGCUGGUUAGAGCGGUGUCAUGCCAGAGUUUCCGACCUUCUAGAGGUUCCUGAUGCCUGUGGGCUUGACCUGGAUGCAAAGGAGUCACAACCUCAGAAGUCAGGCAAGGCAAAUGUCCUUGAUCCUGGUAUUCAUUCAGAAAAAAAGUCACAGAGCCCCGAUGCCCUGGCCCUACAGCCUCCGAGCCCCACACCCAGCAACGAUGAAGAUAGGAAAUGGAGUAAGGAUUCUGAGGACUUUGCACAAGCCCGGGACAGCAGCCCAGCAGGACAGCUAUCUGAGGGAGCCAGGACUACAGCACACGAGAAAGAGGCUCCAGGAGAACCUGCACAAGUGAACGCUCUUCAGCCCCGCUCAAAGCAGGCCAAGACAGAGGCCAAGGGCACUGCCCGCAUCCACAUCUCCCCUCGAGCAGCUUCCCUGGACAGGGGGAACUACGUUCGACUCAACAUGAAACAGAAGUGCUAUGUGCGAGUUGGGGCCAGUCGAGGCAGGCUUCUCCGGAAGCAGGUAUGGAAGCAAAAGUGGAAGAAGAAAAGGGAGCAGUUUGGGGGAAGUGGACCCAGAGCCACAACGAGGGACACUUGUUUCCGGUGCGGGCAGUCUGGGCACUGGGCAUCGCAGUGCUCCCAGCCAGGCUCCACCCUGACCUUCCAGGAGGAAGGUGGCAGGGAAGACAAACAGCCCGAUUCUGCUUUGGAAGAAGUAGCACAGACGACAGCCUCUCCUUCCUGCCCCCUCUCUGGUCAGGACACAGAACCCGAUGGGCUAAAGCUACAGAUGCCCUGUCCUCCCUGCCCAGUGUUGCCCCUCUACCCCCCAGGGCUCCUGGGGCAGGUAGCAGAAACCCCUGCUAAGGUAUUCCAGGCCCUACAGCAGCUAGGGCACCAAGCCUUCCGCCCUGGUCAGGAACGUGCAGUCAUGCGGAUUCUUUCGGGCAUCUCCACUCUGUUGGUGUUGCCCACGGGUGCUGGCAAGUCUCUGUGCUACCAGCUUCCUGCACUGCUGUAUGCCCAGCGAAGCCCCUGCCUCACACUGGUGGUCUCUCCUCUCCUGUCACUCAUGGAUGACCAGGUAUCUGACCUGCCUCCAUGUCUGAAGGCAGCCUGCCUCCACUCAGGUAUGACCAAGAAACAGCGAGAAUCUGUCUUGAAAAAGGUAAAGGCAGCCCAGGUGCAGGUGCUGAUUGUGUCCCCUGAGGCCUUGGUCAGGUGUGGGGCUAAGGGCCCUGCCAGCCUCCCCGAUGCCUCUCAGCUGCCUCCAGUUGCCUUCGCCUGCAUUGACGAGGUCCACUGCCUGUCUCAGUGGUCACACAACUUCCGGCCCUGCUACCUGCGUGUUUGCAAAGUCCUUCGGGAGCGGAUGGGUGUGCGCUGCUUUCUGGGUCUCACAGCCACGGCCACACGGAGCACUGCACGUGACGUGGCCCAGCACCUGGGCAUAGCAGAAGAGCCUGAGCUCAGUGGGUUGGCCCCCAUCCCUGCCAAUCUGCACCUCUCUGUGUCCAUGGACCGAGAUUCAGACCAGGCUCUGGUGACACUGCUGCAGGGUGACCGUUUUCGUACCCUGGACUCUAUUAUUGUUUACUGCCAUCGACAGAAGGAUACAGAACGGGUGGCUGCACUCCUCCGGACCUGCCUGUCCAUGGUGAGAGGUUGCGGCCCCGAGGCUGUAGCUGAAGCAUACCAUGCUGGCAUGUGCAGCCAGGAACGGCGACGAGUGCAACAGGCCUUCAUGCAGGGCCACCUGCGGGUGGUAGUGGCCACAGUAGCCUUUGGGAUGGGGCUGGACCGGUCAGAUGUUCGGGCUGUGCUACACCUGGGACUGCCUCCAAACUUUGAGAGCUAUGUGCAAGCGAUUGGUCGUGCAGGACGUGAUGGGAAGCCCGCCCAUUGUCACCUGUUCCUGCAGCCGCAGGGUGAAGACCUUUGGGAACUGCGCAGACACGCCCAUGCUGAUGGCACUGACUUCCUGGCUGUGAAGAAGCUGGUGCAGCGUGUCUUCCCACCCUGUACAUGCACCCGGAGGCACAACAGCCAACAAACACACCCUGUAUUGGGAAAGGCCUGCCAAGGCCAUAAGCGGGCACUCCCAGUGCAGUCUACAGUACAGGCUCUGGACAUGACAGAGGAGGCUAUUGAGACUCUGCUGUGCUAUCUGGAACUACACCCUCGACAUUGGCUGAAGCUGCUGCCUUAUACCUAUGCCCACUGCCGUCUGUGCUGCCCUGGGGGCCCUGCCCAGCUGCAAGCUCUGGCCCACAGGUGUCCCCCUUUGGCUGCAUGCUGGGCCAAGUGGCCACCUAAAGACACAAGUCGGGGCAGCAGCUCCUUGGAGUUUGACAUGGUGGAGCUGGCAGACUUGAUGGGCUGGGAGCUGGCCUCUGUGCGGCAAGCUCUCCUCCAGCUGCAGUGGGACCAAGGACCAAGGAAAGGCGCACCCCGGGGCACAGGGGUGCUUGUGGAGUUCAGCGAGUUGGCCUUUCACCUGCACAGUCCUGGUGACCUGACAGAUGAGGACAAGGACCAGAUCUGCGACUUUCUAUACAGCCGCGUCCAGGCUCGAGAACACAAGGCCCUGGCCCAUCUACGCCAGAUAGCUAAGGCCUUUCGCAGUGUGGCCUUUCCCAGCUGUGGACCCUGCCUAGAGCAGUCGGAUGAGGACCGCAGCAGCCAGCUGAAGACCUUGCUCAGCCACUACUUUGAGGAAGAGGAAACUGUGAAGGAUGAGCAGGGUCCAGAGCCUGGGCAGAACCAGCUUCAGGACUGGGAGGACCAUAUUCGCCGUGAUAUCCGUCAGCUCCUGUCUGUGCGGCCAGAGGAAAGGUUUUCAGGACGGGCUGUGGCCCGCAUCUUCCACGGCAUUGCAAGUCCCUGCUACCCAGCCCAGGUGUAUGGGCAGGACCAGCGUUUCUGGAGGAAGUAUCUACAUCUGGAUUUCCAUGCCCUGAUGCGCUUGGCUACAGAAGAGCUCCUGCUCAGCAGCCGAUGACCGCCCUCCAUGGGAGAGCUACAUGGUGGGG